CACGCAAGAGUGCAGGCCAAGCAAAUAAGCCGCUGUGGAGCUAUUUGUAGGCAUCGCUGCCAAACCCGGGUAAGGCUGCUCACUCUUCUGCGAUCAGUGCUUUAAACCUGCUAUAGCACUGGAAGCAGCAUGCAUUCUUUUUUCGAUUUAUUCUGGAAUGGUUGUGUUUGGAGAACCUGACCUGGAUCCGUUGAUCACCGGCGGCCGGUGCGCGCAACAACGCAAUUAGAUCCCAUUCAAAGCUUCACGUUCAGACAAUCCAAAGCGUGAAGGAGCGCGACAUGAUGACGAUUCUGCAUGUUUUAGCAGAGAGAUUGUUACGUUUCAUCAUCACUUUUGAUUAGAUCUUUUUCGUCGUCUUCUUUGUGAAAUCAUAAUGCCACACUCUCGCAACAGGAACCCAAGUCCGAUCCCAGAGGUGACAUGGGACACGGGGUUGAAAGAGAUGAACGAGACCUGGAAGGGGGCUAUUGCUUGCUUGGGAGUUGCUGUCUUUUUUGUCAUGACAAUUGGGAUCAUUUAUUGGCAAGUUGUGGAUCAGCCCAACAAGAACUGGAUCCUGAAGGGGAGCUUUAGUGGGCUUAUUUGGGAGAGACGGACGCAAACUCUUGUCAUACAGACACUGACUGAGGACAAGACUUUCGCGGAGAUAGACGUGGAGAACGUGGGGAACACCGAUAUUGAGGUUCCGUUCGUGAGGAACAUGUGCUGGCUUAACAAAACCGAGUUCUGCUACACUUGGGAUUCGGUCGCAGAGGUGAAGAUAUCGUUGGAAUCAUCAGAGGAGGACUCAGAUACCGAGUGUUACAGUGUAACCUGGACUCCAAUUCACUGUCAUGUGGACCUGAAGGACUGUUUCUCCAUGGUGAAUAUUUCGUGGUACGGAGGUGCCAGUGUCCAUGCACCCAGCUGGCCGAUAAACGAUGCCAACAUUUCCAUGCAGCCCUUCACAGUCAGCGACCUUAGGGACAACCCUUCUGGCUUCGGAUCAGUUUUAGAACGCUACUUCCUGGGAUCCUCAGGUGUGUCAGUUCUAGUGGCCCCGAACAUCCCGCUUCAUGUAGGAAUGGAGAGCAGACAGCAGUUCUGUUUGCAGACGCCACCCAGUAUGGAGCGCAUGCCGCUGCAGUACACCGUGUGUGUUGGACACAACAUUCGAGCCGUCCAUCAGGAGUCAAUGCAGCAGCUCUCCACAGCCAGACGAGAGCUGCCAAACAUGGAUGUCUUAUGGCUGCCUUUCUGGAAGCUUCUAGCAAACGUGGACUCAGGGGCCAAGCUAGAGCGCGAGCUGAGAACCUUCUCAAACCGUCUGAAGCGGCAUCACCUCGGGGAGGGAGUCGUCAGCCUCGACGAACAUUCCACUGCUCUGCUCGCCAGCAUGGACCACAGCUACCUCAAUAGCAAGAAAAGGAUGUCUAAGAGACAGACGAGGGACCUCCCUUUUGUAAAGCUUCUAAACAUUUCCAUCACCCUGUCCCCGUACCUGAGCGUGGACUCGCAGCAGUUCCAGACCUCCAUUCAAGAAGGCAUUGAAGACUACUGGCUGAGUCUGCCCUCAGGACCACAGGGCCGACCGGUGCCUCUGUUGACUCAGUGGAAAGGAAAGUACAGUGUAAAGCUCAACAUCACCAACCCAGAAGCCACAAAUUGGUUUCUGGACAAAGUGGACAGCUUACAUAGCCAUUUGGGCAUGGAGUAUGUCAUCCUGGAAGGCGGUGAGGGAAACCCUUUCGAGGAACAGGCCCUACGCCCCCCUCUGGCAUUGGUUGGGGAUGAAUACAUCAGACUUCUGGCUGACCUGGCAGAGAGGAUAGGGGAAAAUACCAUUGUGACCUCAGGAACAAGGUCCAGACACAAAGCGCUCUUCAUCCGUAUGAGUGCACUGCAGUCAGACUGGAGUUACUCUGGCCUGAAGGGCAUCAUUCCAUCCCUGCUGCAUCACAGUCUUCUGGGAUAUAAUUUCUUCAUUCCUGAUGCAGUAGGAGGCUCUCUCUCUGCCGAACUGGUUACCGAUGAUGAGCUUUUCGUUCGCUGGCUGGGAAUCACAGCUUUUCUUCCUGUCAUCAGCUUCCAGACACCUCCAUGGGUCUUUGAGAAGGAAUGGGUGAGUGCCACAAGGGCGGGUCCUCGGCCCCAUCCGGGUUUUAGCUUUCACUUCAGUUCCUUUCUCGUUGUGGACAGAAAAUAGGGAAUAAGAUGGACCCAAGUGGGUCAUACAAUAAGAAAGACUUGAGCAAAACUGGGCGCAAUAUGUUAACCAUUGAGAGUUAAAUGCCUCAGAAUUAAAGACGGUUUCUUUUACACUCCUAGCAUAACAUUGGAAACAUAAUACUCAUUCACUCCAUGGUGUACCAUGAGAAUGUCCUCCUCAAAAUACUACCUAAAUACACGCCAGAAUAUUCAGUCCCAAGCGCUGAUAUGUUUGAGCCCUAAGAGCCUGGUUUGAGUUUAGGACCGGCACAGAGCAUCCUCCAGGUGGCCGUUUUUCUUGCAUUUCAUGAUGUAAUUGCUUGGCCCCAACAUGACCUGUGGUUAAGGGUCCAUCUGGUCUGCGUUAGCGUCUCUUUCAAAUUUAUGACUCUCAAUCUCAACU